AUGUCUCCUCUCAACUCGACUGAAGAAGGCACGGAGCUGGGCAAAAAGGAGACGGACGCUCAGCUGGGCAAGGGGAAAUACGAUGCGGGCUGGCGCGUCAGCAAACCAGACGGCCCUUCCGAGGGCCCAACGUAUCGCUCAGCAGGCGUCGCACCAGGCACUGCAGACGACCAGAGCGCUGCGGCCGGCGCGUCAGCGAGGGCCAGUGGGGGCGCGCUGAAGGUGGGCGGCCCGGGCAGCAUCGGCCCGGCGUGGACGCGCGGAGAGAUUGAAAAGCCGGCGGGCGUGCGCGACAUGGGCGCGUGGACGGCGCUUUAUUACACGGAUGAGCAGCAGCAGCGGCUCGGCAUCGACGAGAAGGGCAACAAGCUUGCGCGGAACCGAGACAAGUUCUUCGCUCCUGAGGCACCCAGCGGCGCUGCCAGCAGCGGGCGCUUCCCCGCCGCGUGGGGCGAGCCGCCGACGGUCGAGACGAGGGACUAUCGCGUGCUGCCCGGAGGAUACGGAAUGGGCUCGUCGACGCUGGCGAAGUGGAUCCAGAGCAAGCUCGAGGGGGAUGGAGCGGUUGAUGGCAGCGCGAGCACGCCCCCCGAGGUCCACGUCGGCGAGAUGGCCAGGCUGAGCGCUGCUUGGGAGGGCGGCAACAAACAAGUUGAUGUGCCAAAGGUGGCUGCCGCCUUGGCUUCUCCCAAGGUGGGGGAGAAGAAGGGGUUCCUGCACGCCAACCUCGGGCUGUUUGGCGAACGGUCGUCCAGCCUCCGGCGAGGCACACGAAAAAGGAGUUCCGCUCACCCGCGGCAAUAG